ACAGGUUGUGUAAUUUUUUAAUUAUAAAUAAAUUGGCUGUAAUUAAUAAAUAUUCUAGUUAUAAUAAUGUAAAGCUGUUUCAUGCAAUUUCAUUAGACUCAACAUUUUGUAAGUACUACACGAUUGCAUGAAAAAAGUAUAUCUUGUACAAAGUUCAGGUUAAGCGUGGGAGGCUUGUCAACAUUUGAGUGAGAGUUAUACAGAGAAGUAUUGAUGUGUCCAAGUAUUUUUGGGAAAAAUUGACAUCCAGCACAGAGUCACAAAUUGACGACGAGUUGUUGAAUUUUUUCGACAACUCGAUCGCUGAAACAUGAGGACCUAAUAUUUGUUUGUCAAAAUGUCGAGCGAAGAGUCCUAUCAAGACCGACAAAAUAGCGAGCUCGAGGUUUUAAAAUCUAUCUUUGUCAAUGAACUACGUGAUCUGCGCAAAAGUAAGCAAAAAAAGAAAUGGCAACCUUUACACAUCUCCAUCACUCUUACUCCUCAGAAAAGCAUGUCUGGACCAGCAGAAAUUUAUACAAAAGUAGACUUGCACGUUACCUGCAACGAAAAAUACCCUGAAGAAGCACCCCAAAUUUGCUUGGAAAAUGGUGAAGGUUUGUCCAAUCAACAAUUGGCAACAGAACUUUCAGAACUUGAAGCUUUGGCUAGAGACAGCAUCGGGGAAGUCAUGAUUUAUGAGCUGUGUCAGCAUGUUCAGAGAUUUCUCCAUGAACACAACAACAAGCCGAGGUAUAGCAGCUUUUACGAAGAAAUGGUUUCAAAACAGCAAGAAAGAAUCAAAUUUGAAAUGCAAGAGAAACAGAUGAAAGAAGACAAAGAGAGACGUGUCUUACAAGAUGAAAUUUCCAAAAGGCAAGAAGCAUUUAAGGAAAUUCAAAUGCAUAAUCGGCGUGAAUUAACUCGUUUUUCGUUUGAUACUGAUCUCAAUUUUCUAAGAUCCACAACAAUUUCGUCUCAAGAAAGAUUUAGGGCUUUUUCCAGAAAAAGAUGCGUGAGUACAUCCGAGAGCUCAGAGGGUUCUUUAUGUGAGCAUAGAGGAACCAAACUCUUACACUUUGAUAACAAUAAGAGAGAAAGACAAGUUAAUAGAGGCAAGUGCUUAGGACACAGUAAAAGAGGAGGAUCGAUUUGCUAUGCUGGAGUCGAUUGUAUUUCUGGAGAGUUACUAGCUGUGACAGAGUGGACACUCAAGUGUGCAACAUCUGGUCAUGAUAAUAGUGAUGUCAACAAUUUACAAAAUCUAAUAAAGCAGAUAGCAGGAAUUGAACAAGAACUCAAUCAUUUGUAUAAACUACAACACAUGAAUCUUGUUCAUUUUCUAAACAUGAAGUAUUUGCAGGAUAAAGAUAACAUUAUAGUUUAUAUUUUGCAAGAAUUUGUUUUUGGAACAAGCUGUUCAUAUUAUCUGAAAGAAAACAUUCCAGUUGAUAAGGAUAUGCUGAAACAUUUAGCAGUUGGAAUUCUGUCCGCCCUUCAGUACCUGCACGAAAACAAUGUUGUCCACAAAGACCUUCGAGAUACCAAUGUUUACAUUGAUAGAGCAGGACUCGUUAGGCUUGCCAAUUAUUCACUUGAAAAACGCUUGUCAGAUUUAUACCAAGCAUGUUGUUUGUCCAAAGUUGAACAUGAUAUCACGUCCCAAGGUAGAAGCGGUAAAAAAGGCGAUAUUCAUAAGUUUGGUAUUCUUUUGUUGUCCUUGGCAAAGGGUUCAAUUUUCACCGAAGAUGAUUUGGCAGGCGACACGACGUGUUGUAAUGACCUCCAGCCGGAUUUAAAAGACUUUAUAUUAAAGUGCCUUGUAAACGAUGAUAGAUCACGUUGGUCAGCAGAGCAACUCCUGCAACACUGCUUUAUUCAAACGCCACUCGAGCGGGGCUUACCUACUCCAAGACUGAACGGCAGCAAAGAGCAAAAUUGUAUAGAGCCAGAAGAAGAGCCCGACGACAGCGAUAUACCUUUCGAUCUAUCAGCUUUUGGUGGCCAGUCGCGUCUGAAAAACGAGUUCGAAGUACUUAAGUGGUUGGGAAACGGAGCCUUUGGUGACGUGUUGAAAGUUAGAAAUAAACUGGAUGGCGGGUUGUACGCCUUGAAGAGAAUCAAAUUAAAUCCAAAAAAUAAGCAGCUGAAUAAAAAGAUGACGCGCGAGGUAAAACUAUUAUCCAGAUUGAAUCACGAGAACGUUGUUCGGUAUUAUAAUUCCUGGAUUGAAAGUGCAACCCUUGAUGAUUCGACAUACAACGCAUUUAUGCCUUCUGCAACGCCAUCAAUAAAAGUCACCUCGACCAUUAAAGAUAGAGGAGUUUUAAGUAAUGAUAACGUAAGACAUUUUAAUUUUGGAAGUGAAAAUAUUGAAAAAUUAGCUCCACCCAUGCACGAGGUUGAAUGGAAUGUUUCAUAUAAUUCCCGAGCUAGUGUAGCUGCUGAUGAUAGCGAAGAAGAUAAUAGUGAUCAGUGUGAUGAUGAUUCCGACAGCGAUAUAGAUUGGAAAUAUCCCGCAGCAACAAAAACGUGCACCGACGAAUCUGACAGUAUAGAAUUUGCAGAAAGUGAAAAAUCGCAAACAUCUAACUCAUGCUCUGCUCGUGAUACUCCAGAUGGAGUCAGAGGACCAAAAGCCAAAAAAGAAAUUCAGUUUAUGUAUUUACAAAUGGAGUUUUGUGAAAAAAGUACUUUAAGAACUGCCAUUGACAAUGGUCUUUAUAAAGAUGGGGAAAGAAUUUGGCGCUUAUUUCGAGAAAUCGUCGAAGGUCUGUCGCACAUACAUCAAAAGGGUAUGAUUCACCGAGAUCUAAAACCUGUCAAUAUAUUUUUGGACAGCAACGAUCACGUGAAAAUUGGAGAUUUUGGUUUGGCAACGACAAAUAUUCUUCCAAGCUUACCGCACAGUAUUGAAAAAGAAUCUCAAGUUGACAAAGGUUUAGGCUCUGAAAAAGACUAUUCAGAAUCGUUAACUGGGCAAGUUGGGACAGCUUUGUAUGUUGCUCCGGAAUUGUCUACGCAAGCAGUGAAAGCUAUAUACAACCAGAAAGUAGAUAUUUAUAGUUUAGGAAUUAUUUUUUUUGAAAUGUGCUACAAGCCUCUCAAAACUGGCAUGGAGCGCGUUAAAAUAAUUUUAAACAUUAGAUCUAAAGAGAUUCUUUUGCCUCCCGAGUUCAAUGAGACAAACACUAAACAUCUUUUAUGCUGGUUGUUGAAUCACGAUCCAAGCCAACGACCAUCAGCUAAUGAAUUAUUGGCAUCCGAGUUUUUACCACCACCCCAGCUGGAAGAGGCAGAAUUACAAGAAAUGGUUCGUCAUACUCUGUCUGAUGCUCAGAGCAAGGCUUACAAGUAUCUCGUGAGUUGUUGUUUUUCACAACAAGAAGCAACACCAGCUGAAGACAUGACGUAUGACAUGCCAUUUUCAGUUAAGAAAAUUGGCCUACAAAAGGCACCAUUUACUCAGGAAUAUGUCAAGACAAAAGUCAUCAAAGUAUUUCAGAGACAUGGCGGGCAGUGCAUCGUGACUCCUCUACUCAUGCCGAAAUCUGGUCUCUCCAUUUUACCAGAUAGUUGCGUUCAACUGAUGACUCGCACAGGUAGUAUCGUCUCCAUACCAUACGACUUGCGUGCACCUUUUGCAAGAUACGUAGCGUGGAAUUCUAUUAGGAAAAUAAGAAGAUACGCUAUCGAGAGGGUAUACAGAGAAAAUAAGGCUCACAUUGGAUUUCAUCCACGAGAGUUAUACGAGGGUGCCUUCGACAUUAUUAGUCCUCUAGUGACAUUGAAUGCCGAAGCAGAACUUAUUGCUAUAGUCUGGGAAAUAUAUAAUGAGUUCCCUGAGCUGCAGAACCGAUCUUACACUAUCCGCAUUAAUCACUCCUUGCUGCUUCAAGCCAUCCUAAUGGCUUGUGGUAUUGAGCGCGAGAAAUUUCAAGACAUAUACUCGAUUCUGCGUGAUGCGCGCAAAUUGAAACCUCUACAGAUUGAAACUCACUUGACGAGUUUAUGUUUAACUGAGCAAGCUAUGAGUAUGCUUUUUAAGCUAUUUGAUACUGAAUUUUCAAUAUCGGCACUCCCUGAUGACCUUAAAUUUAUCACGAGGAGGAAAGGCGAAAUAGCAGCUUUGGCAAAGCAAGGUCUCAAAGAUAUCGAAACGGUCAUCAGUUUUGCAGAGAGUUUGGGGGUGAAGUGGCCAGUUGUAGUGACACCGCUAUUUGUACUCAAUAUCGAACAGUAUAGCGGAAUAUUUUUCCAAAUAACAUAUGAAAAUAAAAAACGCAAGCGAAUCAGUCAAGACGUUAUUGCAGCCGGUGGAAGAUAUGACAAAAUUCUCUCGUCAUUUCGUCAAUUUUUGCAGCGCACGGGUAUAAUGAACCACGCUGAACAGUUUGGUGUUGGAAUCAGUAUUUCAUUGGACAAAUUAGUUUUGGCAAUAGGCGAACUGUCCAACGAGUUUAUUCACGAGAAUAAAGUUGCUAUUGACGUGGGAGUCUGCUGCGUGGACGGGGAGCCCCAGCGAAAUAAAAAAGAAUUGGGUGAUAUUUUUCGAGAAUUGUGGGCACUUAAUCUCAAAGUCGAUUUAAUUGAAUUCACAGUUUUCGAGGAAAUAAUGGAGUACUGCCAAGAGAAUAAUAUUAACCACGUUGUUAUGUUGAAAAACGGAGAAAGGGGCUCAUUAAGGAUACUAACCUGGGAACGUGAUAGAUUCCAGGAGCGGAAAAUCAAUACCAAGGAAUUAUCAGACUACUUUCGUCAGACUGAAAAUACUACGACCGCCAUAUUAAACAGAUCUGACAGCAAACCAAAUCCCAAUAACGAUUCAAGUGUUUCGUCUAACCCGUCAAGCGAAAAAAUUGCAAUAAACUUUAUCCUUACUGACAAGGAAAAGUUAUCUGCUGGCAGCAAAAGAAAUUACAAGAACGCCAUGCUUGCACAAAUGUCACCGUUCUUCGAUUGGUGUGGAUAUAAAAAUCCAUUUGAACUGUUUGGUGUUUCCUUAGAUAUGUCUGUUAUUAGAUUAUUUAGCUCCUAUCUAGAGUUAAAUGAGGAUGAGCAGGACUUUCAAAAAAGUCUUCAAGAGCUGAUUGCGGACUCAAAGUUACGUGCAUCACUCAAAAAAUAUGUUAUAGAGAUCUGCGAAAACCUUUGGGGAACUGUGAAGGCUUAUGCAAAGGAGCACAAGCCACGUCCAAUUAUAAUUUUAUACAGUUUAUGCGACAGUCGAUACAAGAGAAUUGAUUAAAUGUACA